GCUAAAACUCAUCCCAAAUUCAAACUGUAGGGUUAAUAACAAAAUUUCUAGUUAGCCUGGUUAUCUCUCAAGUUUUGGCCAGAAUAUGUCCAUCUCGCUGAAGCGGAAAACGGUGAUUUCGCCGCAGGACCUCCUGAAGACGCUCGAGCUGUCCGGCGAGGAGGACCUCGAUCUGCAGAUCAAGAACUGGGUGAUGUGGGACCGGAAUGAGGCGACGCUCGAGCAGGUGACCGAGGCAGUCAGGGAUCAGGACUGGGAUGCCUUGCGGGUGAGACUGUGCCACAGGAUCACCUAUGGGGCCACGGGCUUGAGGGGCGUGAUGCGGGCUGGCUUCGACUCCUUGAACGAUGUGGUGAUCAUCGAAGUGGCCCAGGGCAUCUGCGCCUACCUCAUCGAUGCCUAUCCGAGCAUCCAGAAGAGGCAAACGCAGGGCGUGGUCAUUGGCUACGAUGGAAGAUACAAUAGCAAGCGGUUUGCCCAGCUCAUCUCCUCCGUGUUCCUGAACAACGAUUUCAAGGUGUACCUCUUCACCCGCAUGACCCCGACGCCCUUUAUACCCUUCACCAUCGUGACGCUGCAGUGCCUGGCGGGGAUCGUGGUCACUGCCUCCCACAAUACCAAGGAGGACAAUGGCAUCAAGGUUUAUUGGACGAAUGGCGCUCAGGCGAUGGCUCCGCACGAUCAGCGGAUUCAUGACUAUAUGAUGAAUAACCUGGAGCCGAAGCCUUCGUCCUGGGAAACUUCGGUGGUACUCGACCAUCCCUUGGUGGAGGAUCCCUAUCGCCAGAUAUACCCACUCUUCUACGAGACUCUCAAGCAGCUUCUACCCCCGAUUUAUCUGGAGACUAAUGAGUGCAGCCAGUUGAGGUUCAUCUACACGGCUCUUCACGGGGUGGGGUAUCCCUUCAUGAGGGAGGCCUUCUACCAGGCGCGACUCAAGCCGGUGAUUCCCGUGGUGGAGCAGAAGGAGCCCGAUCCGGAGUUUCCCACCCUGAUCUCGCCAAAUCCGGAAGAGGGCAGGGAAGCCCUGAAGCUGGCCAUAAAGAAGGCGGACGCGGAGCACUGCACCUUGAUUCUGGCCAACGAUCCGGAUGUGGAUCGCCUGGCUGUGGCCGAGCUGGAUCCGCGGGGCCGCUGGAAGCUGUUCAAUGGCAACGAACUGGGCGCUCUGCUCGGCUGGUGGGCACUGGAGAACUACAGGACCAGGACACCCAAGCCAGCCGUGUCCAACUGCAUAAUGAUAGCCUCACUGGUCAGCUCACGCAUCCUGGCGGCCAUGGCAAGGGUUGAGGGCUUCAUCUUUGUGGAGGGCAUGCCCAGUUUUCCCUGGAUGGCGCAUCGCGCCUUGGAGCUGCAAAAGUCUGGAAGGACAGUGCUCUUCGCGUUCGAGGAUUGCUUUGGCUACAUGUUCGGGAUGAGCCUGCCGGAUAAGGAGGGCAUUGGUGCUGCCAUGCAGUUGGCCAGCAUGGCCUGUUAUCUGCGCAGCACGCGGAACGUGACGCUGAUCGAGAAGCUGAGGGAGAUCUACGAUACAUAUGGCUACCACUCGUCGAUCUCAUCGGUUUAUUUGGCCGAUAGUCCAGAGACAAUCACUAGCAUCUUCGCUCACUUGCGCAACUUUACGGACGAGGAGGGCUAUCCCAGGUGCAUCCUGGAGGAAGAAUUCGAGGUGGUUCAUAUCCGGGACUUGACCACCGGUCUGGACACCUCCUUCAGCGAUGGUAAGGCUCGCAUGCCGGUCAAUCCAAAUGACCAGCUGAUUACUUUUACCUUCACCGAUGGCUAUGUGGUCACCCUGCGAUCGGCUCACAACGAUAUCAAGAUCAAACUGAACGCGGAGAUCUGUGGUCUGCCGGAGGAAAAGCAGUGGGAGGAGCUCCACGACAAGCUGAACAGGAUGACCAACGCCGUGGUGGAGGAGUUCCUCAUGCCCGAGGAGAAUGGUCUCACGGAUGCCUCAGCGAUUCAAUAAUCUUGCGUUUUAAUUCAAAACUGCAUUUCUAAAAACAUGAUAAUGAAAGCGGAAAAUAUUUGCAUUAUUCAAAAGGAUUAUACGAAAUAUAGAUGUUUACAUAUUAAAACUUGACUGUAAAUGCUUCAAUCAAGUUUUAAAAUCUUAAGCAACAUUAAAG